AUGGCCACGACCUUCGACUGGGACCGGCUUCAAAACCGCUCCGUCAUCAUCACCGGAGGCGCAUCAGGACUGGGAGCCGCCACGGCUACCAAAUUUGUCCAACAUGGCGCCUACGUCACCAUCGCCGACAUGUCCGAAGAGGACGGCGACAAACUAGCCACACAGCUUGGAAGCAGGGCUACAUUCGUAGAGUGCAACACUGCUGAGUGGAACUCCUCCGCUGCGGCGUUCAGGCAUGCCGCAGAAUUCGCUCCUUCCAAGACUAUCGAUGUCGUGGUGCUCUUCGCCGGAGUAGGGGGAGAGAACAAAAGCCUCGUCGACAUUGUUCUUGAAGAGAAUCCAAUACCGUCUCUAGACUCCCCUUUGCCAGCAGAACCUGGCCACAAGGCUAUCGAUGUCAAUCUGACUGGGGUGUACAUCAACACAUAUCUCGCUCUUCACUACUUCCGACUCCCACCAACUCAACCUCAAUCGUUUAAGAAGUCUCUCGUCUUGAUCUCCUCAAUCAUGGGCUACAUCGAUCUGCCAUACAACACCGGUUACAGCGCGAGCAAAUUCGCUGUUCGAGGAAUGUUCCGCAGUCUGCGAAGUCAAAUGUAUAGACUGAAUGCGAGGGUCAAUAACAUAGCUCCGGGAUACAUCCUGACGCCUCUCACGCAGAAAGUACAUCAAAUUGAACGACCGGAUGAGCCGAGUAAAGCUACGGGACUUGUGCUUCCUUGGGCACCAAUCGAGUAUGUCGUUGAUGGUGUUGGGAGGUGUGCGGUUGACGAGCAGACCGAUGGUCGCACCCUUGCAAUCGUACCGAGUGGGGUCAUUGACAUGGAAGAGGAUUAUGAGACGGGGUAUGGAGGUAAUAAAUGGACUUCAAUGCUUGAAGAGGAAGGCUUCACCAAGAUGCCUGGCCUGUUUCCUCCAAAAGAUUGA